CUCGAACACUCAUGAAGUUCAAUUCUCCUAUACCUCAGUCUCUCCCUAAAGAAUGCGCAAAGGCAGCGAAGAUAUUCCAGUCGUUCGUGGACAGCGCGAAUAAUGGCCUCGACGGUAUCAUACCCAGAGAGAUCAUCGAGCAUGCGAAGGGCUUCGCAAUAUUUAGUGUCUUCAAAGCAGGCUUCCUGUUCUCAGCGCGAGCAGGGAGUGGCGUGGUGAUCGCGCGCCUCGACAAUGGCAGCUGGUCCGCACCUAGCGCGAUCGGUACCGCAGGAGUCGGCUUCGGCAGCCAGGCAGGCGCUGAAGUCACUGAUUUCCUAAUCGUCCUCAAUACACGCUCGGCUAUCAAAUCGUUCAUGGCCGCGGGCUCUCUCACGCUCGGUGGCAACAUGAGCAUCGCGCUCGGUCCGCUCGGACGCAACGGCGAAGCACUUGGCUCUCUCAACACGAAGGGCAAGAUGGCAGCAAUGUACUCCUACUCCAAGACCCGCGGCCUCUUCGGUGGCCUCUCCCUCGAGGGCUCUGUCAUCGUCGACCGCGAGGACGCGAACUACCAGGCCUACGGCACCUCCGUCUCCGCCAAGCAGCUCCUCUCCGGCGCGAUUGAGCCCCCCGCGUGGGCGCGGCCGCUCAUCCAGACGCUCGAGGCGCGCACGGGGCUCCCGGGCAACCGGCCCUGGGUGCACGACCGCAGCGUGAGCGACUUCGGCACGGGGACGGGGUACGCGUUCGGCGGGUUGGGGAGCGGGGGGAAUACGCCGAGCACGCCGGCGCAGCUGAAGAAGAAGAGGAAGGAUGGGGGGAAGAUCCAGUUCCCGCCGGAGAGCUGGAAUGAAACCGCGGACGACUACUUUGGGUCGACGAGUUCUCCGUCAGGGAGCACCGGGAGCGCGACCAGAGGGGACUUCGCGAACGGGAACGGCGCGGGGAUCUACAGCAACGGAACGGGUAUGAAGACCUCGCAGUCGAUGCCAGUGUCGCGACGCUACGACGACACGGCGACAAACGCCACCGCGUCCUUCGGCACCAAGUUCGAGAGCGACUUUGUUCCCGAGGACGAGGGCAGGCGGCAUCCGCAUCUCACGAAUAAGCCCGCGUCUAAUGAUCUGUACGGGAAUGCGCCGAACGACUUGUUUGGCGACUACUCGCCCCCGCCGUCGCCGCCGAUCGCGCUCAACGGAGGUGCCUUCGGGUCGGAUAGCGGUUAUGGAGGAUCGACUGGGAACGGCUACGGCUCCUCCAACCAAGCGCACUUCCGCUCCAAGUCGUCGCCGAACCCAUUCGCACGGAAGGAGGAAUCGUUCGACGACCUAUCCGACUUUGCGCCGCAAUCUUCGGCGUGGACCGGGCCCAAUACUUCUUCCGCCUCUGCCUGGAACACGGGCUCUGCAGCAGGGCGCAAUACCGGCUCCGCGGGAGGGCGCAGUACAACAUCUCCGAAGCCACACAUCGCACCCAAGCCCGAGCUGACGCGCCCGUUGGGGCCGGGCGAGGGAGUUGCGCGCGCGAUCGCGCUGUAUAACUUCGAUGCGGUGGAGCCCGGCGACCUGUCCUUCGCCAAGGGCGACGUGAUCACGGUGACGAAGAAGAGCCAGAGUACGGACGAUUGGUGGCGAGGCAAGGCGAACGGCAAAGAGGGCAACUUCCCCGCCAACUUCGUCGAGGUUGUAUAACAUUGUACAUCCACUGGACGGCCUAUUCAUCCUAGACCUACCCACAUGCACAUGGACGGACUCCUACCAUCCCACUCACAAAACAUCGCUAAACCCACAUAUUUAAUGGACUUCUAGGCGGAGGAUCCUCCUCCAGGGGCGCACCCAGCCUCGGACGCGCCCGUGUAUGUAUCUGACUGCUUGUAUAAUGUAUCGGUCUUGUAGUAUAUGCCGCUUGCUUGGUAUAGAUCUAGUUGUUUUGCUUUCA